UCUCUCUCCUUUUCCCUCUAACCGUCAAUUUCUCUUUUCAAAAUAUCGUCUCGUCAACAUUCCCAUUCUAGAGACAGAGUGGUUCUUUCUCGUUGUCCAUGUGAAUGAAUUCAUAAUUUGUGCUUCUAUUAGAAACCUUUUUUGUUGUUGUUAUUUGUACAAACUACAAGCAAGCAAACAAGCAUUAUGGUUGUUGGAGUGAUUUCCGAGCACACAAAUAACGACAACAAUUCCUAUAACACAUUUUUAGCACUUCUCUUCAAUUGUUGUUUCAAAGUUUCUAUAUAAACACUUUCUCAAUAUGAAGUUGAGUUACGGAAGAGACGUCAAGAGGAGACAAACCUAGAACAACAACAACUUUCUUUGCUCUUUGAGGAGUGAAGAUGUUUGAAUGCAUAAGAUGUACGAAGCAAGCGGCGGAAGAAGAGGCUGAAGAAGUCCGUCAGAGUGGCACGCCGACCAGAAAAGAAGCCGUCAAAAGCCUGACUGCUCAGAUAAAGGAUAUAGUGCUGAAGUUUUCAGGUGCAUACAAGCAACUCAAACCCUCCUCCUGCACAGGAACAAGUUCCUACAGAAAAGGACUGAGAUCAUCAUAUGCUGAUUCUGAAGCUAACUCAGAAGGGGUUCAAUACCCUUAUAUGGGAGGUGUAAGCUCAGGUUCAACUCCUCCUUGUGACUUACGUGAAAAUUUCACUGGUGGAAGAACAGAACAAAGAUUCAUAGGCUCAACCAGUGGUGUCCAAACCACUACUACUACAGUGCAUGAGCCAGUAGUGCCAGAACCUGAAGCUGUGGUGGAGGAAGAAAAAGAAGAAACCAAAGUGUGGGUGGCACAGGUUGAGCCAGGGGUUGACAUAACCUUUGUGGCUCUUCCUAAUGGUGCAAAUGAUCUCAGAAGAAUUCGCUUCAACCGAGAAAUGUUUGACAAAUGGCAAGCUCAAGUGUGGUGGGGUGAGAACUAUGACAGGAUCAGAGAGCUUUACAAUGUACAGAAAUUCAACCGAACAGCUCUUAACACUCCUCCAGCAUCUGAGGAUGAGCAAAGAGAUUCUUCUCACUCAAGACAACUAUCUGGACAAGAUAGUCCUGUGGCUGCUUGGUUGAACAAUGAUUCAACACAGAGGAAUCAGUACUAUAAUCAACCUUCUGAAAUGACUAUGUAUCAAGGAAACAAUGUUCAAAACAUGCAUGCAGCUGGGUCAUCAAGGACUUUUUAUAAAGAUGAGUUUUCCUUCAGCAAUUUCAGUGAAAUUGAGUCAGAAUGGAUUGAACAAGAUGAGCCUGGAGUGUUUGUUACCAUCAGGCAGUUUCAUGAUGGGAGCAAGGAGCUUCGCCGCGUCAAAUUCAGCCGACAGAGGUUUGGAGAUGAAGCAGCCAGGAAAUGGUGGGAAGAGAACAGAGAGAGAAUUCAAGCUCAAUACCUAUGAAGCUAUCUCCUAAGCUGGUUGGAAUCUCCAAAUUUGUUUCAUAAAAAUUGCAUGCAAUGUUGUCAACUCCAGUUUCUUGGAGUAGAGUCUUAUAUAUAAAACUGCAUUUCAUAUCAUUGGUGAAUAUGGUUUCAUAGCUUCAUAAGUUUUUGACUUGGAUUUAUUUAUUGGGAUGUUUAAUAUUUUCAUUUUAUAUAUAUGUACUUUGUGGUCAUGGUUAUUAAUAAAUUUAUCAUUU